CAAUGGCAGCCCGAGGCCGUCAAAUCUGUCACCAUCGCCGUUCUUUUGGUCGAGGCCGCCCUCGUUCACGUGCUCCUCCUCACCCCCACGGCUAGACGCUGGCGAGGCCAGCCUCCCCUCCAUGCGCAGAUUAUCUUCGUCUCUGGUGUUUCGCUGGCCAUUGGGCUGAAGUCAACCGUACAGUUCUUCACAAAGCCCAAGAAUCGCAAGGGUUCAAUUGCUUUCAGGGUCGUACUUUUCCUUGUCCUUAUUGGCUGGCCUGUCUUCGGUAUGAUGGCAGAGUCGUAUGGCUUUGCCCUGCUAUUCAGUAGGUUCUGGCCUACUGCUGCUGUUUACCUACAAAAAAACUCCACCAUCGGUUGGAUUUUCCAGCACCCUUAUGUGACAUAUACUACUCACGAUAGAGAUGAUAUGAAUGUGAGCAACAAAGUUAUUUACUCGGGAAUGCCUUGGGACAAAACAACACGCUAAUGGCCAGCAGAUGGACUUAAGAUCUUCCAAAGGAACAACUCGCUAUCAGUGCAUCACAAUUUUGUGUGGUCACCUCUGUGUCUCCCGCCAGUCCACGACAUAGGUUGCAAUCUAGGUUGUUGCCAAGUUAACUUUAGGAUGGUAACCUACAAUGUACAACCCAAGAGAUCGACAGUGUUUAUUAUACUGUCAUGCCUCUACUUCUGUGUUGUAUAUAUAGCUGCUUGUAUAUCUAAUUGGAUUGUUCAGAUUAGAUACUUUAUGAAAUUACUAAUACAUGAAAAUUUUGUUUCUUUA